AUGGGGGGUUUUGGUGCCAGCGCCUCGUUCUACCGUGAACGCGCGUCUCAGACGUACAACGCCUUCUGGUACUUCCUGGGCUCGACACUCGUAGAGAUUCCGUACUGCUUCUCCAGUGGCUUCCUCUUCACGUUCGUGUUCUACUACAUGGUGGGUUUCACUGGUUUCGGAGUAUCGGUUGUGUUCUGGUUGGCGAUCUCCCUCGUGGUGCCCUCUCAAGUGUAUCUGGGCCAAAUGUUCGCGUACGCGAUGCCGUCGGAGGAAGUGGCGGCCAUCAUCGGGCUAUUGUACAAUACUUUCUGGAUGAUGUUUAUGGGCUUCGGUCCGCCGACGUACGCGAUUCCGUAG